CGUAGGUGAGGCCGGCGGCAUGGGUCCUUGCGAUGCACGGAGCCGGCGCUUUGGUAGUUCCUUCUGCGGAAAGGCGGUAGUUUGGAAUUUGGAAAGGCCAGGGAGCUAGCUACGAGCUACGAUUCUGUCAGCGGGUAACUGGCUGCUCCAAGUCUCUCUUCUCCUGAAGUUUGAAAUGCUUUAUCUCAUCGGCUUGGGCCUGGGAGAUGCCAAGGACAUCACAGUCAAGGGCCUGGAAGCUGUUAGACGCUGCAGUCGAGUGUAUCUAGAAGCCUACACCUCGGUCCUGACUGUAGGGAAGGAAGCCUUGGAAGAGUUUUACGGAAGAAAAUUGAUUCUUGCUGAUAGAGAAGAAGUGGAACAAGAAGCAGAUAAUAUUUUAAAGGAUGCUGAUAUCAGUGAUGUUGCGUUCCUUGUGGUUGGCGAUCCAUUUGGGGCUACAACACACAGUGAUCUUGUUCUAAGAGCAACAAAGCUGGGAAUUCCUUAUAGAGUUAUUCACAAUGCCUCCAUAAUGAAUGCUGUAGGCUGCUGUGGUUUACAGUUAUAUAAGUUUGGAGAGACAGUUUCUAUUGUUUUUUGGACAGACACUUGGAGACCAGAAAGCUUCUUUGACAAAGUGAAGAAGAACAGACAAAAUGGCAUGCACACAUUAUGUUUACUAGACAUCAAAGUAAAGGAGCAGUCUUUGGAAAAUCUAAUCAAGGGAAGGAAGAUCUAUGAACCUCCACGGUAUAUGAGUGUAAACCAAGCAGCCCAGCAGCUUCUGGAGAUUAUUCAAAAUCAAAGAAUACGAGGAGAAGAACCAGCAAUCACCGAGGAGACACUUUGUGUUGGCUUAGCCAGGGUUGGAGCAGACGACCAGAAAAUUGCAGCAGGCACUUUACAGCAAAUGUGUACUGUGGACUUGGGAGAACCAUUGCAUUCCUUGAUCAUCACAGGAGGCAGCAUACAUCCAAUGGAGAUGGAGAUGCUAAAUCUGUUUUCCAUACCAGAAAAUAGCUGAGAAUCUCAAAGCAUUGAUGGACUUUGAACAUAGAUAUUUACUAUCGUCUGAUUUAAAUUUCAACCAUAUAUGGAUUGAUAUGGUUUGGCUGUAUCCCCACCCAAGUCGCAUCUUGAAUUUUAAUCCUCAUAAUCCCCAGGUGUUGUGGGAGGUAAUUGAAUCAUGGGGGGGCAGUUACCCUCAUGCUGUUCUCAUGAUAGUGAGUUCUCAUGAGAUCUGAUGGUUUUGUAAGUGUCUGGCAUUUUUUGCCGCUCUGUGAAGAGGUGCCUUUCACCAUGAUUGUAAGUUUCCUGAGGCCUUCCCAGCCAUGUGGAACUGUGACUCAGUUAAACCUCUUUUAUAAUUA